AUGUUGCUUCAGGGCCUCUGUAUUCGCCAGCGUGCAUUCAGCACAAGUACAGUGGCACAGCACCUGCAGAAACUGUCACGCCUUCGAGUCGUGGACAACAGCGCACUGGGUCGCCAGGCCAUGAUGGAUGGAAAACCACCAAAGAUCAUCCAUGUCUACAACAAGACUGGCUUUGCCACCAUUGGCGAUAAGGUGCUGGUGGCAAUCCUCGGCCAAAAGAAGAGGGGCUUCGUCGUGGGCUGCAAGCACAUGAAACAGCGGCCGCUGGUGCCUCGCUAUGACACCAACAACUUGGUGCUGCUCGACGACAGCGGCAACCCAAUGGGCACCCGCAUUCUGGUGCCCCUGCCAUCGCUGCUGCGGGGUGAUAAGCCGCGCUACUCCAAGAUCCUGGCCCUAUGCUCGCGAUUUGUCUGA